AUCUAUCACACAGCAACACAYGCKUUAAGAGAGACAAACUAGACCAUGACGGAUCYCAAAACCCCGAAGGAGACCAUCGCMACGGGAAGUUCUCAGGCACAGCGCACGCCGCUUUGGAAGAGACUAGGACGCCGGGGCAGCAAGACGCAGCUUCCGCCCAUGACGCCCCCCGGUGCCCCCAUUCCUUUAAGAUCCACGAAGGACGASGAUUCGUUGGAGGGGGAKAGYRAUCACAAACACGGCACGCCUAAAAGGGGCGGCAAGCGCAACAGCAGACUCAUGCGCAAGCUGAAGAGCUCGUUCCGAAAGACGCCAACAAGUGGUUCUGCAGCUUCGGAACWAGUKAAUCGAGACGAGAGCGACGCCAUAAACAACGAAUCGAUGGCGGUGGGCGAAGGCGACCGUACUGCGACGCCCAGCUCUCCUGCUYAUAGUGCCGGCUCGUUUGAAACGAUCGAGGUAGGUACCGUACAAAYAGUAGCUAGCGCACCGCAUGGCACCAAACACAUCGCAAGCUCGCGCAUUGACGUUUCKURUUUCUUUCCAAUAUUCGGAGCCGAUCGUCGUGCGUAGCAUUAUGAUGAUUGAUUGCCGUUGUGUAUUCUGCCCUUUGUCCAUAUUCGACUSUCCUAACGACAACCUGCAUGCCGUUCAACGUUUAAUUCAAUACUAUGAAACGUAGUCGAAUCUGCAAGGGGAGGAGAAGAAAGAAUCACACGAGUGGAACGAAGUCGAUGCGGAGAGGAGAAACCGUGAUCGCAUAUACCAAAAACAACAAAUCAAAGAGCGCGAUGGUUUUUGCCGGCGCGUGGAUACCUACGAUGGACAAGUUAUCGUGGUCGAUAAUAAGCCAACGUAUGAGAUAGGAAAUUAUUUGGGUGGUGGAGUGGCAGGGGUCGUCUACGAGGGGCAUCGAUUGCGCCCUAAGGAAGAAUACCCGGUGAGGACGGGCAUUUCRCCGCAGAAACACCGUCCGAGCAAGACUGUGGACCAGAAAAACCGGGAUGUCAGCACCACUCCGAACAGUGAUGGAUUCGGAGCAAGUGCAUUUUUCUGCGGGACAAGCGCAUGUGGUAGARUCGAUCAGGUUAUCGACRAAUCCGAUGAAAUCGUGAAACCAUCCRACAAAAGCAAAGAACAGUCAUCCGAUACACCUAUGUUGUUGGAARCGGAAGAGGACGCCGUCGCUAUCGAGGCWACGGUGAGCUACGACGAAACCGGCGGGGURAUGCUUGAUGCACAAGACGCACCAUCUCGAUCGAAGCAUUACACCAAGGCUGCCGCGGUUCCUACACGAUUGCGCGCCAACAGCGGAAAACCGCUGCAGCAUGGUCUUUCCGACGAGUCUGUUGCCAUCAAGAUUCUGAACCCCGUAGGCUAUCGCAUUUUGCAGGCGGAUGCACUAAAGAAUUGUGUCGUGGUGAGACAAGGCCAACCAAUGGAUGCGGGUGUYCAAAAAGGAGAGAAACCAAUGGAGGAAAAGCAUGUUUGGUGGCUUGUGAACCCGAACAGUCGAAACCUGAUCACACUGCAGCGRUAUAACGGUAAGGACAAGAAUUCUACGGUGCCGAAAGGAUUGCAGAUCGAUCGGGGAUCCGCAAAGAAGGGAUUGCGACUUAGCUUGAUUGCUGCUUACAUUGACCCAAAAAAUGGAAAUCUCAGAGAACUCACGUUGACAAGGUGCAUUGAGAUUUGGGGGCAUAUUCCUUUCAAUGCUACGGACAUUGAAUUUGAUGACAUGAUGACCGCUAUCGAACGAAUUAACGCUGGGUAUCCUCCUCCCGCUUUCCCGACAUUUGACGAUGUCUCCGGCCGCGUCAAAACUGACAAGAUAGAGCGCACGGCGUCAAUUACUACAAAUACAUCGAGCGAUGGUGACAGAGGCUUACCUCCCGUGGUGUUUGGCAAAGCCAGAACGUAAGUUUUCCGUUUUCGCUUUGAUCUUCAACCACAGCAUUUUGUGGGCAAUGACGCAACAGAUCUCUCAAAUCUUUCUCCGAAUGCAAUUGUUUUUUUUUAAUAAUGGUACCGCAGUGGUUUGGUCCGUGCUGCAUUUUCCGAGCGAAAAACCGUCAAUUGCAAAGAGUUGAACGCCUUCAUUGCUAUUCCUGCAGUUCCUUCAAAAUACCUWCGUUGGUUGAGACAACGGCGUGCUGCCACGAAAGAAAUUCGAAAUAUGAUGCUCAUCGGCCGGCAUAAAAAYGUACUGCACCUGUUUGAAGUGUUAGAGUACAUUCAGGACUCAAAGUCAACAAUGUUUCUGGUCCUUGAGCUUGUGAAAGGCGGCGAACUCUUCGAUCUAAUUAGCAACAGUGCCGGGAAGGGAAGUCGCAGCUCGGAAGACAUUGAAAAAUCGGAGCAAAUGAUGCGAAAGUUCUUUUAUGAACUUUCUAGUGGUAUCAACUAUUGUCAUCUYAGUGGGAUUGCUCACAGAGACCUAAAACCAGAAAAUCUGCUCGUCCACAACACUGGAGAUGGUUCUCGUAUAUUGAAAAUUGCAGACUUUGGUUUGUCUGCUGUGUUUGGACCCACAGGGAACAACCUCGGAGUAYUAGGGCUUCAAAUGGAGAACGACAACAUGGUUGAAUCGAUAGGAUCUCCCUUGUCACAAAACAGUGCCGACGGUGAUGGAUAUUUUGGGAGUCAAGCUGACAACAACCUAAGUCCGAGCAGUCAAUCUACGAACUCCAUGAAGGGUUCUAUGGAUAAAGUGAUUGCGUCUGGAGUGAGCGCUCUCUCCUUUUUAACGUGCGGUGCAAUGGAAACCGUGUUGUGUAUUCCCGGUGGCGAUGCAGUGGACAAUGCAACCCCACUGCGRCGAAUGACCUCUGUAGUUGGAUCUCCCCAUUAUGUGGCACCCGAAAUUAUUGCGCAMACCGACGAAGGUGGUGGAAAGAAGAAAGGCAAAGGGUACGAUGGAAGCAAGGCAGAUGUUUGGAGUGCCGGUGUCAUCCUAUAUGCUAUGCUGUUCCGAUCGCUUCCUUUUGGUGAAGAUUUGCUGCGAUGCCCUCGGUUCCAAUCGUAUAAGAAAUGGUACGACGAAGUUCGGAAUUCCGGCGACAGCCGAAGAUCCAAUGGCAACGCUGCUCUCAGUCCAUACAUAARUGACUACGACGAACGCCACUAUUUGGGACCWCACUGGUUUUUCCCCGCGACGACAUCGAGGGAGUCGAGGGACCUAAUAGUCGCUAUGCUGAAUCCAUUGCCUACGGACCGAAUGUCGAUCGCUCAGGUUUUACAACACCCUUGGCUAUUACGGGAACGGCAAAUCUAGACUACUUCUGAAUAUGGUCGCCAUCAAUGUACAAUAUAUAUUCRAAUAAGUU